UCAGCGUCUGUUUGUGUGCUUCCUCAUCCGCACUUGGCAACCUCAAACAGUUGCACCCUGGACGCACAUCUGGAAAUCAGCCUGGCUAAUAAUUCACAUCCGAUUGUAUAGUUUAAUGACGUUUUUUUUUUUAAAUAUCUGCUUAAUCCACUUUAAAUCUGUCUGAGCGGAAGAGUCUGCAAAGAAGAAGGAACGGAGCUGCUGCAACAGCUGGAUGAGCGCGGGGAAACAUCUGCAGGAGACGAGCGCCUCUGCGUCGUUCGUCCUGCGUGAAACAUCGCCGGAAUGAAGCCGACCUCUCAUAGGACAUCAUGCAACCCACGCUGAGCCGGGACAUUUUACCUUGAAUUGCAAACGACCAGAGAUGAGUCAAAGAAACGCUGAGGAAUUACACUCUUUCCCACCCAGGGGUUUACCUUCAUCUUCCACAUCAUCUCUGAAAAGACGCCUCGUGAGGCUGGCAAGGAAGUCCAGCGAUGGUUCUCUUAGGUCAAGUUCAUCUACUGGCAGUUCAUCCACUGGCAGGUCAGCUGAGGCUGUGGCUUUCAGACAGCCUUGUAAGAGCCGCAUCCGUCACCACACUAACCGCCUCUCAGGAGUCUUCCUUCGCGGCGCCGCCUCUAGCUCACUGUCCGUGGCCAUGUCCACCCAAAUCGGGAAAGGAAGCGCGAGCGUGAGAGAUCUCAAAGUUAUGGAUGACCCAUCUGAACUGUCAAAUCAGUUAAGUGCUCCUGGAAUCUUGAAAAUCUUUGGAAGUGAAAUCUGUAAAGGGGCUCACUAUAAGAGUGUCCUGGCCACGACGCAUUCCAGUGCAAAAGAGCUGGUGAAAGAGGCCCUUGAAAGGUAUGGCCUUGGAAAAGAAGAAGCAAAUUCCUAUGUUCUAUGCGACACGAUUGGCUCCAUUAGCGAGCGUCGGUGGAAAACUGAAGGCUUCAGAGUUGUGGGCGACAAUGAGAAGCCGCUCCUCCUGCAGUCUCUGUGGAAACCAAGGGAGGGCCUUGCGAGACGCUUUGAAAUCCAGAGGCGAAGCCUAGUAGAAGAGCAAACGGCCAAAGAAAAAGACACCAUCACGGCUGGUAUCAAUGCCCAGGCCCGUAAGCUGCAGAAGAGUCGCUCCAGAGUUAACUCUACCCUCAUAGAGAGAACAAUGAGUCAAAGCCAGAAACUUUGGAGGUGUAAAAGUGAGAUAGACCUUAUUGAUGCUGAUUCAGAGACCAAAGAGAAUCAGGAUCAAAGUGUGUCCCUAAAUAGAACCUUAAUGGAGAGCCGUAAGUGCCCAGAGGCAAGGGCAGAACUGAAUGACAUUGAACUUGUAGUUCCCUCUAAGGGGGAUGGUAGGUCACAGGCUAAAACAGAGAUCCUCUGUCCGUCGAGGCUGAGAGGUGAGCAGGAAAGAGAAGAGUCAGAGAGGGAGGAGACUGAAAGUAGCGACGAUAACACUACACAGUAUUCCAUUCACCCACCUCAUGACUGUCCGUACCUGCUGCUACUGCACGGCUGCAGCCUUGUACAGGACUUCGUCAUCUACCUACUUACGAGUCCAAGCAUUGUCAUAGGGCGAAAAAAUGACAAUGGAGAUGUAUCACAGGCGGACAUUGUCCUCCUUGCUGAUGAUAUACUUCCAAAACAUUGUAUUUUUCAUCGCAUUAGUACUGGCAAACCAACCAUACUCUGCCCUUUUCCUGAUGCUGUCGUCACCAAAAAUGGCAAUAUAUUAAAAGAGAAAAUAGAGCUUUGCCCUGGUGAUGUCAUCGGGCUAGGAAAAAGCUACUUGUUUCUAUUUAAGGAUCCCUUGAUUCACAAGGAAGUAAACAAUACUACUCCAGAGCCCAGCUUGUCUACUCUCCCGUGGUCGUUUGGCUGCUCUACAUCUUCUCCGAAAACACACCAUAGAAGAGAUGUGAAACUCUGCAACACUUGCAGUGACCUCCCAAGCCCGACCACCCAAAAUUGCUUGAAGCGAGCCCCUCCAUCUCUGAAAUCACCGGAGGGUCACUGCCUGAGUUUGAACCACCGGGCAGACGAUGAGCAUUACAUCAUCAAACAAAUAGUUGCAACUGGAAGGAGCGACGUCAAAGACGGACCAUCCCUGAGUAUUUCGUUUCUGCUGUGCCUCUGCAUUCAGUAUUCCGCCUCAUAUUUUCGGCCCUCAGACCUCAGACACCUCCUGCUGCUUAUUGCAAGUGAAAUUCAGAGCACUGUCUGGGAGCAAACCAAGGAACUAGCUGCUUUUCACAAGGAAAUCAACAAGGAUAUAAUCUCAGGAUUAUUGCCCCUAGUGGUGUGGAUGUCAAACAGCCUGGAGAUACUACAGUUCAUCCAUUAUCAGCUGCCUCUCAUCUUGGAAUGGAGAAGCCACGAGGAGAAUGAAGAGGGACGAGAAGAAGACCUGCUGGGCUUACAGCUGUCAUGUGUGCCCUCAGCCAGUGAAGAAACAAUGGCAGCCCUGGAGGAGGUUAUCUUGGUUACCUUCCAGCAGUGUGUGUAUUACAUCACCAAGGUCCUGUACCCAAUCCUGCCGGGCUUUAUAGACUGCAACUCAUUCCAGGAGGGUCUUGACGGACACUUUCUAACUAGCGAGGGGGCUCCACUCCUGGAUGGGAGUGGGCUGACAGUCUCUGAUGAAGUUCAGCAGGUUGUGGAGGUUCUGUCUAGAACCCAGAGACUAAUGUUAGACUGUCAGCUCCACCCAGAGAUUUCAACACAACUUAUUGCCUUCCUUUUCUACUUCAUCAAUGCAUCGCUUUUCAAUUUACUCAUGGAGCGAGGCUCAGAGCCAGGUUUCUAUCAGCAGUCUACAGGGAUUCACAUACGGACCAAUUUUGACUUACUCCUGACCUGGUCCCAGACAAGUGGAUUGGGAAAACUGGCUUUCAAGCACACAUGCACACUCUCAUCAGCUAUCAAUCUUCUUUCUACGCCAAGGAAAAUUUUACUCCAGACCUCUUGGGCAUCAUUACGAUCUGACUUCCCUGCCCUGAAUGCAGCUCAGCUGAACCACCUGCUCAGUUUUUACAGCCCAGCAUGUCCCACUCGGCAUACAUGGACUCCGUGUGCCCAGGACCAAAUGGAAGCGUACAGAACCGAGGAUAUCCUGCAUAAUUUUGAUACCCACCAUGCUCUAAUGCUACCAGAUGGGGAUUACCAGUUCAUGGUGGGAAGGGAAGUCUCAGAUUCAAGCUUGGUUGAAGACUUAAACAAGCUCAAAUUAUUUAUCUUCAACCUUUCCAAUUUGCAGUCUGAUGGAGUCACGGCUACUGGCAAGCACCAGGGUGUCACAAAUGAGGCCAAAUCCAGACAGGAAACAAUGGAUACAACACCAGUACAGAUGGCGUUAUCUCAGCCAACCGUCCAAACUCUACCAUCAACCUCUAGUUCGCCCCCUUCAACUUCCCUUCUCGCCUCCAUCCAGUACCAAGAUGAGUUCAACUCCUGUGGUGCCCACCUUUUGUCACAGAAGCUUCAGAAUCUCGAGCUACAAAAAAGAAAGAUGGAGAACACUGACAUGAGGAGGUCAGCACUGGACCCCUCCUGUCUCCUUACCCCACCCAACACCCCCCAGAGCUUGGAUCCUGACAAUUUGCCUAAGGAAGACCAAGACACACAUCCUUGGUCCUCUGAUGUUGGUGCACAUGACGAAGGUGGCUUAAUGUUCGAAUGUCUGGCUGCACUUAAAGUUGAGCAAUUUAAUCAAGAUUACACGAGUGUGAAAAGGAUUUUCGAACUCAUAGAGGAAGAGGAGGAGGAGGCAGAAGAGAUGAGCAACCAUUUUGAUGACAACAACGAUGAGAUCUUCAGUUUGGAGCUGGAGCGUGACAGAAACGGUCUUGGUCUUGCUCUGGUCGACACAAGGGACAUGUCGUUGAAGGUGAAAGGCAUCUUCAUCAGGGCAGUGGUCCCCAACACACCGGCAGCCCGCUGUGAGAAGCUGCAACCGGGAGACAGGAUCCUUGCCGUUAAUGGAGUCAGUCUGCUUGGCCCCCAAUGCCCAAGCGGAAAGGAGUUGAUGCAGUCAUCAGGUGAUAGACUGAGGUUAUUAGUGGCCAGGUCUGAGUGGAUGGCCAAGGCUGUACAGACUAAAUGCUGACACUACAAAAAGCAUGCAAAUAAUUGGUUGCCUUUGUUGCCCCAUACAGACAUACUGGAUAAUAUUUUGGACAUGAAAAGAUUGUGCCUCUGUUGACUUUGAUUGGAAAGGGAAGAGUGAAUGUGUGUGUGUUUGUGUGUGGUGGGGGGAGGUGGGGAUUAUUCAUGCUCAUAUUCGGCCAAAUAAUUAGCGUGCAUUUGUGCGUGAGCGUGUGUGUGUGUG